CCGUUAUCUCCUCCAGUGUUCUGAACGCGAACGAUCAAGACAGUAGGAACUUGUGGCGAAGGAAUUGAUAAUUGCAUUCAUCCACACACCGGAAAAUCAUGGACUAUGUAUAUCAGCACUGAAUUGCUUUGAUAGUACUUCCAGUUUCACACUCUGAAACAUUUUUAAGCACUUUUACCAAAGUAUCACAAAAAAUGGAGAAACCUAUCACAACUCUUUGUUUAUGGAUAGGUUUCUGCCUAGUUGCAGAUGCACUUAGAAACUAUCCCAUUCCCAGGUUGCAUUAUAUAAGUGCAACGGGGCCUUCAAUGCAACUUCUACCAAGGAACACCUUCAUACAAAACAUACAGUCAUUACUUGAAUCUCCAAGUAGUGUCCUUUCACAGAAAGCAGAAAAUCUGAAGCAGCGUCAAACGCGGGAACUGAUGACUCAUCGUAUGAGAAAUUAUCAGCAGUCUCGAAUACCGAUGCUGACGUCUCCGCAACUUCAAAGGCACAUACCACUAAGAUCCUUGAUGAACACCAAAAUGGCUGCACAAGGUUCUAGUCCAGGGUUAAUGAGAAACCAACAAUACCGUCCUGCUUUUUCAGUACUGGGUACUUCAAUUAUAAAUCCAGCUUUACAUGAAAUCGACAAAGCUGCGAUUGAAAACCAUCCAAUCUAUCAGCAACAUCAUCCAAGGCCGACAACAAUGCUUCGAGGUCCACUUCGCCUACCAGGAAAAGUAAUGACUCUUAGACCACAAGCUUCCCUUAGUCAAGUACCUACAGCUAGUGAAACGCAGAUCAAUCCAAACGUUCCAAGGAUUCCGUUGCAGGCUGAUUUCGCAUUGAGGCAAAAUUAUAUGAAACCUCAAGUUUUGAAUUCAAAGGUACAGAACUCUUUUAAUGUUCCGAGAACGUCUGCUACUCAUCCUGUGAAGCAGUUUGGAGUCCCCCAGCAGCGUCCCAACAUUAUGGAACUUAUUGAGUCAGCUUCACAUAACAAGUUUCAACCAACAGCGUUGAACCGUCCUGGGCAAAAAAAUAGAGUCGUUGAAGUUUAUCAUCAUAUACCAGUAGCGGCAAGUGCAAACACAGAUCUGCGCGAGAGAUCGCCUGCUGUUGUUUAUAUAUCUAAACCUCAACUUCAAGGGUUAAGUGGAUUAAAGACAAUGCAUCCGGAAAUAUACUUAAAUCCAUCAUCAAGAUUGUCGCAAUCAGCCCUCAAAUUACCAGCAGAACUAAGUUUGGGGCCUCUUAUGCAACCCUAUGCCAUUCCAGAAAACAAACGGCCUGAGAUCUUCAUGAAUAAUUUCAAGCCUUUAUUAACGAGACCAAGUCAAUACUCAAAGGAACAAGCUUCUGUUUCACCAUUCGCGCCUUCAGCUAAAAUGGCACCGUCUUAUGUAUCAAACGCAGAUUCUGAACCAGUUCGAAACAGUGAUGUUUAUAAAAGUAAUGGCUUUCGAAAUACCCUACAAUUUAAUGAGAACAGACCACUGGGUAACAAAGCUGACGAUGUAGGAGCUCAAAGGUAUUCAUUGGGUGACAAUAACUCGCAUUCCAAAAAUCCACAAUCUGAAAUUGACUUGAAUGUAGAUUCUAAUGAUAGCAAUCUUUCCCAGAAGCAAGAAAAUUUUAACCAAGAUCAUUUGGAAAGCUCUGAUUCAAACUUCCAUAGUAAAAUUUCCCUGGAGGAUUCGAAUGACGACAUACCAUUUGUAACAACUACGGAAUCAUCUCCAAAAGGGAACAUCACACCCGCGAAAACAUAUCUGCAACACUAUAACAAAAAUAUCCAUGACGAGGAAGAAACCUACGACGAAGAUUUAGAGCAAAUAAGAGAAUUUUUAUCCCGAACGCUACCGAAGCAAGAAGUACAGCCAAUUCCACCUAGAAGUGUAUUUAAUAAGGAAAGGACCAAUAACUAUCAUGAAUCUAUUCCUCCAGUAUCUUUGAGCGACGAGUUUUCCAAAAAAUCAGAAUUAACUUUUAAUAGCUUGCGAAAAACAACAAAAAUGCCAAACAGCUUUGGCGGAGCUCCUCAAAUCAAUAAAACG